CAAUUAAUAUUCUGUUUAUUUGAAGCAAUAAAGUUUAUUUUUCAUAAACACUUCAAUCACUGAACAAAAACGGUUUUAUUCUCGUUUUGCGACCAACAAAGUCUUGAGAUCGCUUCUCAAUAUUGCACCAAAGCAUUGGUUCAAAUGCUCUUUCUGGGCUCUAUUGGAACAUUUUGUGGUUCAAAUAACUGACAACCAUCGACCUCUAAUUGUUAAACAAUACUAGCAUUUGUUUAAGCCAUUCCCAGAUCAAUCACUUUUCAUUGAUUAUUGCGCGGAAAUUUUCCAAUGUAAUUGAAUGUUUGCUUGAUUACAAUACAUUAAUUUCUGUCUGAAGGGGAAAACGCAAGAAUCAAUGGACAAUCAAAUGAACAGAAAAAGUGAUUCGGAAAAGUAAAUGGAAGAAAGUAAGAAAUCACAAUUAAAAGUUAAAUCAGCAAAUUACAUAUUUAGCUUGAAAGGCAAUAUCUCUAAUUGAAGGGGAUUUCCAUUGAUUGUUUUAAUUAUGAAGUUGCCUGGUGCGUUAUUUAUGGGUGGAAAGGUAAAGGAAUGGCUUUGAAUAAUUUAUAAUUGAAUGGUGUCACUCGUUGUUCUGGAAGUUUUUCCUUAAAAUUCUGUUCGAUUUACUUCUUAAACUCAACUUUCUUACGGUCUUGAAGGAGUUAACUUCAAGUUUAAUUGAUAUAAAUAACAUUACAUUUUCAAUAUUUUUCAUUUGAUCACUACAGUUUUUGUGUUUGCGACUGUUUACUUUAUUCAUAAGCAAAAGAAACAAGUACAUAAAUCAAGUUAUCCAACAUGAAAUUUUUGGUUUUUGCGUUUAUUCUCGCCUUCAUGUGCAUUGGUCAGAUUGAGAGUCAACAAUGUCACCUUCGAGAGCUUGAUCUUUGCGCUGCAACUUUAUUGGUUUUUACCAAUAAUCCUUCAGAUGCUACUGGAACUGACGAAGAAAUUGAGCGACAAUGUGGAUUUAUCCGUGAAGCCGAGGAAUGUCACAAAAACUUUACCACCCAAUGUGCCACAGAAUCUCAGAGAGAAUUGAUUGAGUUCCUUGGAAGUGGAGUUAAAAAAGUUGCUGAUGAGUUCUGUACUGCUGGAACCAAAUUACGAGAAGACUACAAGAAACAUGCUAAAUGUGUCUCCGAAUCACGAAAAGACUCAAAGACAUGUACAAAAGACUUAAAAGCAGCUUUGGAAAUAAUCUCUGACAUUCAAUGGGACAAACGCAUUUCAACCAGUUGUUGUGCCUUUAAACGUUUCGAGGAUUGUGUAACCACCAAUCUACGAACCAAAUGUGGUGAUGAAGCUGUUGAAAUUAGCCGUAAAUUGGUGCGUCUGGCUGCAUCAAGAUUACCCGAGAUUGUCUGUCAAUCUUACAAAGGAGACAAAUGUACAGGUUUACUUCCACCAUCUGGAACUGCACCGACUGGAGCUAAAUCAAAUAGUAUAUUGUCAAGAGUUUUCUCAACUUAUGUUGGCAAUCAAGACUAAAACGCUAAUCAACUUGUACCGCCGAUCACUGGGACCAAUUCCUAUCUUGUAAUGUUGUGUGCUACAUUAUAUUUAUUUGUUAUACAUUCCAUCAAUAUUCACAAAAUGAGACUUCAUGGGCUCAUCACUUUGGCUUAUUUUCUCACAGGUUUGAUAGUUUGUGUUAAUUUACUUUCAUUGAAUCAACAUUGAAUUUUAAUCUGAUGAAGAUUCCUCCUGCAUCAUUCUAGGUUAGACCUCUAACUAUCGACAAACUAGUCCCGAACAAUGAUCCUUGACGAACAUCAGUUCUAAACUUGAGCUAACAGACCCAAUCAGGUUAAUUUUAUUAGCAACCUUAACAAAGUCUCAUUUUGGGAAUAUUGAUUGUGAUUGUUAUUCAUGAUCCCAAACAAAUCAUGUCUUCUUUUUUAGUUCCUGAAAAUUAUUUCCUCCUUUUACAUUAUUCCCGUGUAAUAACUUUUG